GCGAGGCGAGGGGAGGCGGUGGCGGAGCGUGUGCGGCCGGGCCGGCGGAAGGCAGAGGUGUGAGCGCGGCGAGGGACCUGAAGGGGAGCCGGGCCGGUGGGGCCGCCGCCGCCGCCAUGCAGGAAAUCAUCGCCAGCGUGGACCACAUCAAGUUCGACUUGGAGAUCGCGGUGGAGCAGCAGCUCGGGGCGCAGCCGCUGCCCUUUCCCGGCAUGGACAAGUCGGGGGCUGCUGUCUGUGAGUUCUUUUUGAAAGCUGCCUGUGGCAAAGGGGGCAUGUGCCCAUUCCGCCACAUCAGCGGUGAGAAAACAGUUGUGUGCAAACACUGGCUGCGGGGGCUCUGCAAGAAGGGAGACCAGUGCGAGUUCCUGCACGAGUACGACAUGACCAAGAUGCCCGAGUGCUACUUCUACUCGAAGUUCGGGGAGUGUAGCAACAAGGAGUGUCCCUUCCUGCACAUCGACCCCGAGUCCAAGAUCAAGGACUGCCCUUGGUAUGACCGAGGCUUCUGCAAGCACGGUCCCCUUUGCAGGCACCGGCACACGCGGAGAGUCAUCUGUGUGAAUUACCUCGUAGGAUUCUGCCCGGAGGGGCCCUCAUGUAAAUUCAUGCACCCUCGAUUUGAACUGCCGAUGGGAACCACGGAGCAGCCCCCACUGCCGCAGCAGACGCAGCCUCCAACAAAGCAAAGUAACAAUCCGCCAUUACAAAGGUCGUCCUCCUUGAUCCAGUUAACGAGUCAGAACUCUUCUCCCAAUCAGCAGAGAGCCCCACAGGUCAUCGGGGUCAUGCAGAGUCAAAACAGCAGUGCAGGCAACCGGGGACCCCGGCCGCUGGAGCAGGUCACCUGUUACAAGUGUGGUGAAAAAGGACACUACGCCAACAGAUGCACCAAAGGGCACUUGGCCUUUCUCAGUGGACAGUGACAGCAGCUGGAGGCAGCUCAGAGCAGCCCAAGGGGCCCCACUGUUGGGGACGACGCUGGGCCCUCCUUGGGAGUGUGUACUUAACUGUUU